AUGGCCUUUCAAGUCACUAUCCCGCGGCCGAAUAUCGCGGCUGUGACGACCGACCUUUGGCCAUCUAUGCAUAACGUGCUAGCUGUUCCUUGGAAGCAGGUAGGACGAACUCCGGCAGCCGGCGCCCACGAGACCAUUCAAAGAACCCCUUCUCAGGAACAGAGUUUGGUGGUAGGAAUUCAUCAAAAACGAAGGCUUUUAUUUGGUACUAAUUCGAUCGAGAAGACACAUGAACGUCUUUCAUUGCCGGAGUUCUUAAACUCCGUGUCCUUGAGCGAACUGAAGACGGACAUGAUCAAUCAGCCCUCCCGGCGCGGAUUGCUUCCGCUCUUCAGUGGAGAUGGCCGAAUAGGCAAUCCCCUCUGGAACUCAACUACCCCGGCCCGUGGUCUUGCUUCCCCCUCAGCUCGAUCCUUUUCAACCUUGACACCCUUCCGCCUUCACACCCUUCGCCGGGCUCCUAAGAUCAAUGGACUUUCUACUCUUCAACAGCAACGAUUCUUGUUCGGAGGCUCUUCGCAGACUAUCCUCGCCCAGAAGGAGAAAACUGCCAACAACAACCCGAACAGCGCAAACGCCCAGAAUGCAUUCUACCAGGCCCUCUUACGUGCGAACAUGUCGGCGAUUGUCGUGGAGCGGUAUCGGACUGCUCAAUUUGCGAGUAACGCGACAACCGAUGCGAUAUACAACAAGGCACUUGAGCGGGUCAGUGGUGACCCGGCUCUUGCUGGACAGAACCAAAACCUCUCUUCCGAGCAGCUUCAGGCCGUUGGUCAAGCAGUCGCUGCGCGGAGCGGUGGCGGUCAGAUCGGCAUUGCAAACAGAGGCACCGGUGCUAAGGAAGCCCCUCUCUACGUUGUGGUUGACGAGUCCAUGGGCAGCGCAGUGUUUCGCUGGGUCAAGUUUUUCUUGUUCUUCGGAUUCUUCACCUAUGUCUCUCUGGUCCUGAUCACCAUCUUGAUCGAAACCACCGGUGUAUUGAAAAACAUCCGGGGCUCGCAGAACAAUGAAGCGCAACCUUCGCAGCAGACCGUUCGGUUCAGCGAUGUCCAUGGUUGUGACGAAGCCAAGGAUGAGCUCCAGGAGCUUGUGGAGUUCCUGCUUAAUCCUGAUCGGUUCUCCUCUCUGGGUGGUAAGCUUCCCAAGGGUGUUCUUCUGGUUGGUCCUCCUGGUACCGGUAAAACUCUGCUCGCCCGUGCGGUAGCUGGUGAAGCUGGUGUCCCGUUCUUCUACAUGUCCGGCUCCGAGUUUGACGAGGUCUAUGUGGGUGUUGGUGCCAAGCGUGUCCGUGAUCUCUUCAACCAAGCCCGUGGUAAAUCUCCGGCAAUCAUCUUCAUUGACGAGCUGGACGCGAUUGGUGCCAAGAGAAACGAACGCGAUGCUGCCUAUGUCAAGCAAACCCUGAACCAAUUGCUUACCGAACUCGAUGGUUUCUCCCAGACAAGUGGUGUUAUCAUCAUCGGUGCUACCAACUACCCUCAGCUGCUGGACAAGGCGCUGACUCGCCCUGGUCGUUUCGACCGCAAGGUGGUGGUUGGUCUGCCCGAUGUUCGUGGACGUAUGGAUAUCUUGCGACACCACAUGAAGGGCGUUCAGAUCAGCACCGAUGUCGAUACUGCUGUGAUUGCCCGUGGUACUCCUGGUUUCUCUGGUGCUGACCUUGAGAACCUGGUCAACCAGGCUGCCAUCCAUGCCAGCCGUGACCGUAAGACCAAGGUCGGUCCUUUGGACUUUGACUGGGCCAAGGACAAAAUCAUGAUGGGUGCUGAGGCCCGGAGCCGUAUCAUCCAAGACAAGGACAAGCUUCUCACAGCCUACCACGAGGCUGGUCACGCUCUAGUUGCCUACUUCUCGUCCUCUGCUACCCCGCUCUACAAAAUUACGAUUGUUCCUCGCGGCAUGGCCUUGGGUAUCACUCAUUUCCUGCCAGAGAUGGAUACCGUCUCGCGAAAUUAUACCGAGUAUUUGUCUGACAUUGCCGUUGCCAUGGGUGGUAAGGCUGCUGAAGAGUUGAUCUUCGGCGCGGAUAACGUUACCAGUGGUAUCUCUGCCGACAUCCAACAAGCAACCGAAACAGCAUUUACACUGAUUACCCGAUUUGGAUACUCCAAGAAACUGGGCAAUGUUGAUCUGUCAACGAACUACGACAGCCUCUCAUCCGAGACAAAGCAAGAGAUCGAAAGCGAAGUGCGCCGCCUCGUCGAAGAAGCCCGAGCCCGUGCCGAAAAGAUCCUCACCGAUAAGCGGAAGGAACUCGAAUUGCUGACCAGGGCUCUAAUCGAGUACGAGACGCUCACCAAGGAAGAAAUGGAGAAAGUACUCCGAGGAGAGAAGCUUGAUAAGCUGAGUAUCAUGCCCAGUGCACCAAUCAAGCUGCCGGAUGCUUUACAGACGGCCAGUCUGAACCCUUCAACUGCGGCCGGUGGUCCUCCCACCGCGACGGAGUGA